CUACCCUCGCCUUCCUCUGUCUUUCUCUCUUCCCCCCUUUGUUCUGCUUCAUGGUCUUCUUAAUCUCUCUCUCUCCUGCCUUUCCUUUGACUCCUCCCCUCUUCUUCUUCCUUGGGCUCCUGCUUCUCCUCUUAUUAACCUCCUCCGCCUCUUCUUCUCCUCUCCGAGCUUGUUCGUCUUGCCUUCUUCUACAGGGCCGGCGGUUCUGAUCGCAGAGGCGGAACCGCAGGAUCGGAGUGAAGGAACGGUGUGGGGAGCUGGGGUUCCCCUGGAACUUUACUUCCCGAUCUCUCGCAUGAGCAAAGUUGGGACCUUUUGUAGGUUUCGAGGAUCACCGGUGUUUACUUUUUCGGUUCUUUGUGUUUCUUCUACCUGUGCAUGAGAUUAGAAGAGGUUUCGCCAUGGCUGGAGGCAACGAAGUUAACGUUAACGAGUCUAGGAUGGUGGUUCCCCUGAAUACCUUUGUUCUGAUAUCAAACUUCAAAAUAGCCUACAACAUGCUCCGGCGCCCCGAUGGCAGCUUCGACCGCCACCUUGCAGAAUUCCUCGACCGGAAAGUCCAAGCUAAUGCUUCUCCAGUCAAUGGCGUCGUUUCCUUUGAUCAUAUUCUCGACCGCCAAACCAAUCUCCUUGCUAGAAUCUACUGCCCAGCCCCAGAUCCUGCAGAUGUUGAGCUUCCCCAGUUGGUUGCCAUCUAUGAGCUUCAGAAAGCCCCCUCGCCCAACCCUUUUCCGGUGAUCAUCUUCUUCCAUGGUGGCAGCUUUGCCCACUCCACCUCAAGCAGUGCAAUCUAUGAUACUCUAUGCCGCCGCUUGGUCACUCUCUGUGGCGGUGCCGUGGUUAUCUCCAUCGACUAUCGACGGUCUCCCGAGCAUCGUUUCCCAUGUGCAUAUGACGAUGGUUGGACUGCUCUCAAAUGGGCAUCUUGUCAGCCAUGGCUCCGCAGCGGCAAGGAUGCGAAGCUGCGUGUUUUUCUUGCCGGUGAUAGCUCAGGAGGCAACAUCGCCCACCAUGUUGCAGUCAGAGCUGUUCAGUCUGGAAUCAGCAUCUCAGGAAACAUACUUUUGAAUCCAUUAUUCGGGGGGAACAAGCGAACCGAAUCCGAACUAAAGCUUGAUGGAAAGUAUUUUGUUGCAUUGCAAGAUAGAGAUUGGUAUUGGAGAGCUUUCCUCCCUGAGGGAACUGACAGGGAUCAUCCAGCCUGCAAUCCUUUUGGCCCUAAUGGCGUCGAGCUUGAAGGACUUCCUUUUCCAAAGACACUUCUUGUCGUGGCCAGCUUAGACUUAACUCAAGACUGGCAACUUGCUUAUGCAGAAGGGUUGAAGAAGGCCGGCCAUGAAGUCCAGCUUCUCUACAGAGAGCGGGCGACCGUCGGUUUCUACUUCCUGCCAAACACAGAGCACUACCAUGAAGUCAUGAAGGAGAUCAAAAGCUUUGUGAGAUGCGAUUUGUAAUGAAGGAGCAGCUGCAUUACACAGCUUCUAUCAUAGAUAGUAUAUAAUAUAUAUUUAUAUGAUUUUGCCUCUCUAUCUAAAAUCAGAGUGGGGUUUUAUGUGUUAUCUGGAUGAGAUCAGAAGAAACUAUCAUGAACGUGCGUGAGCAUUCACUGAAGUACAGAUGAGAAGGAAAUGUGAAUGCUGCUGCUGCUGCUUCUUCUACUACUGCUGCUGCUUCUGCUACUACUAACAAAAAUGGUUUUCAGUGACUAUUUUCUGUUCAUGUUCUUGCUCCAUUUCAAUGUUUGGAUUGAUAUUGGAUGCCUAACGGAUCUUGUAUUAUUGCUAAUAAUAUCCAUACAAUGGUUAUCCCUUCAAUGUUCUUGUUCUUGUUGA